AACAGCAAGACUGAAACACACAUCAAACCUAAGCAAGUGACUGAUCUGUGCAUGUGAACUUCAUAUCUCUCUGACUAUGGCUUUAUAUUAUGUGUUACUCUCACUUGGCUCCAGCACAGGUACAAUACUUGCCCUGCUGCUGUUUUUGGUUAUUGUUUUGUUCUCCAUCAGCUUCAGAUCUCAGGAUGAGGGAAAAUAUCCUCCAGGACCCAAACCACUGCCACUGCUGGGGAACCUACACAUGCUUGACCUCAAGAAAACCUACUUGAGCCUGUGGGAGCUGUCAAAGCAAUAUGGUUCAGUUUACACAAUGCACUUUGGCCCCAAAAAAGUGGUAAUAUUAUCCGGAUACAAGACCAUCAAACAGGCACUUGUGAACCUUUCAGAGGAGUUUGGAGACAGAGAUAUAACACCCAUAUUCCAUGAUUUCAACCAGGGAUAUGGGAUUUUGUUUUCUAAUGGUGAAAACUGGAGAGAAAUGAGACGCUUUGCUCUCUUGAACCUGCGAGACUUCGGAAUGGGAAAGAAAAGAAGUGAAGAGAUUAUUAUUGAAGAAUCGCAAUAUUUAAAAGAGGAAUUUGAGAAGUUUGAAGGAAAACCAUUUGAUACAACUCUGCCAAUAGCCAUGGCUGUUUCAAACGUCAUCUCUGCCAUUGUCUACUGCACCAGAUUUGAGUACAGCGACACUAAGUUACAUCACAUGGUCAGACGACCGUACGAAAACAUCAAGAUGAUUGGAUCAGCUUCAGUUCAGCUCUACAACAUGUUUCCUUGGCUUCGUCCUUUUGUGUCGAAUCAGAAACAUAUUGUGAACAAUGUCAGAGAAACGUUCAAACAAAGCAAGGAACUAUUAAAUGGUCUGAAGAAGACUCUGAACCCUCAGGAGCCCCGAGGAAUCGGUGAUUCUUUCCUCAUACGACAGCAGAAGGACAAGGAAUCUGGAAAAACAGACUCUUUGUACCAUUCAAUGAAUAUAUAUUGUACAAUCAACAAUCUGUUUGCUGCUGGUACUGACACUACGGCCACAACGCUACGCUGGAGUCUUCUGCUAAUGGCCAAAUACCCUGAAAUACAAGCCGAGGUCCAAGGUGAGAUUGACCGAGUGAUUGGUGGACGUCAGCCAGUGGUGGAGGACAGGAAGAACUUGCCUUACACAGACGCUGUGAUUCAUGAAACCCAGAGACUGGCAAACAUAAUACCCAUUACACCCCCCCAUAAGACCACCUGUGAUGUUCACCUGAACGGAUACCUCAUCAAGAAGGGUACCAGUGUGUUCCCACUACUGGUAUCUGUAUUGAGGGAUGAAAAUGAGUGGGAAACUCCUGACAGCUUCAACCCAAGACAUUUCCUAAAUAAGCAGGGCCAGUUUAUAAAAAAGGAUGCUUUCAUGCCCUUCUCUGCAGGCCGCAGGGUUUGUCUUGGAGAAAGUUUGGCCAGGAUGGAGCUCUUUCUAUUUUUCACCUUCCUCCUUCAGCAUUUCCGUUUCACUCCUCCUCCUGGAGUUUCUGAAGAUGAUCUGGAUCUCACACCAGCGGUGGGCUUCACCCUGAACCCGGCCCCACACAAACUGUGUGCAGUGAAGCGGUCUUAAAGUUAUAUAUACUGUUAAUUAUUACCUUUUUGCUGGACUGACAUUGUCAUUUAAUGUUUUUCUUGUGUGUGUUGCAUUUUUAAUGUAGGUUUUUAUUGGAAACACAUUCAGUGUUUAUUCAAUGCUUCCUUUUAGAUAGAAUAGUGCCUUUGCUCUUCUUAUGUAAGAAGAAUAUAUAAGAAUGUAUAAUAUGUAAAAUUAAUCAAAUGUUGUUAUUAUUGUUUAAACCUGAGGAAACAUUUUGAAUUUAAAUUGCACUUAUAGGAUUAGUCCACAUUUAAAUAAACUUUUCCUGAUAAUUUACUCACCCCCAUGUCA